AUGACAUCGACAGAAGCUGCUGUUGCAGGAGAAGACGAAGAAGAAGACAAGAAGUGGAUAUCGAGUGAGGCAAAAAUGUUGCUGCGUCAAGAUCUCAUCAGUGGUGAUAUUCCUCCAUCCAUGGGUGCAGCGGCAGCUUAUCAGCGUCGCCCUGAAUUUCAGCAGUUCCCAUUCAACAAUUUCAGCUCCAACUACGGAACGCUCAAGAGAAAAAUAGCCAAGGACUACAACCGUGUGGAGUCCGAUCUUAUAUCAUAUCAAUUUGACCUUGCUCAUGUGGCUGAGUUACGAAACAAAAACCCUCCUCCUCCCAAAAAGUACCCCGAGUGGCACUCCCAUUGA